AGCACCAGGCGAGCCUGGUCUGUCUAUCAUUGGACCAAGAGGACCUCCUGGCCAACCAGGAACAAGAGGAUUCCCAGGAUUCCCAGGUCCAAUCGGCUUGGAUGGCAAAUCUGGACAGAGCGGACCGAAGGGAGACAUGGGGCAGCGGGGCGCUAAAGGAAUCCCAGGGGAACCUGGACCCAAAGGGGAAAAGGGCGUAUGUGGAGACUACACACACCGGAUGUUGCCCAUCACCGUGCGCAACAUGCCCUCAAUAAGCCCUCUAAUCCUAAAACGCCUCAAGGGCGAGCCUGGAGCGCAGGGACCCCCGGGACCUCCGGGACCCCCAGGACUCCCAGGGACCCCAGGCCUGAAUGGAGCCACUGGUCCAAUGGGUAAGCCUGGUGAACCAGGCAAACCAGGAAAAGACCCAAGGCUUCUACCAGGCAUGAAGGGUGAGGCAGGUGUGCCAGGACAAAAGGGGGAUCGAGGUGAUGUUGGCCCUCUAGGUCCUCAAGGCUCAAAG